GGGCUUUAGGAGGAAGUUGUUGUUGCAGCUACUGCGGUAGGAGCCGUAGUGUGUUGACACCAGCCGGGAUCAGCCCCAGAUUUCCCCCGAGUAUAGCGGUGACAGUGAGGCCUGAUGAUUGAUCCCAGAUACAGGCUUCUCCCUGUACAGCAGCCAUAAUCUACACAGAGCAGGACUCCAUGGAAGUGAUGGAAAGUCCUCUGAACCUGGCGCAUCAACAAAGCAGAAAAGCAGACCGGUUUUUGGCAACAGGCAAAUAUGAAGAGGCAAUCGCGUGCCACAAGAAAGCAGCUGCCUACCUUUUGGAGGCCAAGAGGCUGACCCAGUCGGAGCAGGCUCAACUAUCGUUGGAACUACAACGAGAAAGCCAUUUCAAACAGCAGUUGUUGAUCCAAGAGAGACUGAAGAGGGCAAGAAGAGAGGAUAAGCUUCGAACCCAACAGAAAAUGACAACCACGGAAAAGGAUUCAACUGCUCAUCUCCAGACAUCUUACAAAAUGUCUUCAGAUGAUGUUGACAGCCAAAAUACUCUUGUUUCUGCAGGCCAGAAAUCUAGUUCCAACCCAGGGAAGUAUUGUCACGAAACCCGUAAUGUCCUCGAAAGGGAACCAGACUCUCUCCUCUACUUGUUACAGAAAAGGAAAGAACCGUUGGAGGAGUACAAGGCGCACCGAACUCCAAAAGACGACAAAACAAAACUGGAAGAGCAAGCAACGAAAAUCAAAGACCUAAACCUACUGGUGGACACUCUCCUUGCCGAGAAUGAAAAAUUAAAAAAGGAGAACAGAAAGUUGCGUGCUGAAGUGUUGAGAUUGCAGAAGACUCCGGAAAAGGAACUGGACAUAGAUACUGAUUUUGUGGAAAAAUCAGAGCUGUGGAGUAUGCAGCAACCAGCAGGCAGCACAAGCAACCCUUCGACUGCCUGGCAGAAGUUUGUAGCCAACGCUGGGAAGAGCACAGACAUUCCUAUACCCAACCUUCCACCCUUAGACAUUCCUUUACCAGAGCUUCCUCCUCUGGAGCUUCCGGAAGAUAUACAAUCUCAACUUAAAGGACUAAUGGAUAGCUAGAGAACGUACUUCUAUAUUACAGCCAUCAGGAUAGGGAAUAUGAUCAGGGCAGCAAUACAGUAAGGCUCGAAACUCCUUACCAGGAAGGAAUGCUAGUAGACAUGUCACUGUGAAUCAUUCAAUCAAAGUUUUUAUCAAGUCAGAUCUAAGAAGUGAAAAGCAGGCUCUUAAAGACAAUAUUUCUUCUGUUUUAUUUUUUAAUACAACUGCCUGAAAUCACAUUGCGAAAAAUUUUACCUAAAGAGUUAAGUAAUGUAUAAUUCCAUAACAGAAAUAACGCAGAUCCUAAUAUUUAAUAGUAGUAUAUUUUAACCUAUGCUUUCUGUCAUGCAUCCAGAAUGUAUGCAUCUGAUUAUGCACAACUGUUGUGUGAUCUCAGAUAUGGUGUGUACAUAAACACCUCAUGUGUGUGCCACAUUGCACUCUUACUCCAGUUUUAACCUCAAACCAGGAGAGACGAUGUACAAUAUAUAUAUAUAUUUUUCUUUUACAAAUGGAACCAAAUUACACGUUCUUCUAUUUCUAAAUAAUCAGUUUACAAAAUAAAAAAUCAGGGUGCAUUAUUAUUAAAGUUGAUGUAUAUUACUGUAUGUGUUAUGCAUUGUUUAAAAAUACUUACUGACAAUAUCAGUAUCUUGUUAUAACGGUGCAUGAGUGCCAGUAAUGCUGAAUGGCAGUAUUUGAUUGAAAAAAAAAAAGCAACAAUAAAGGGUGUUUUAUAUAAGGAA